UGCCCCGCGCGUUGCUUUGUUGUCCUGCUGCUGACCGCUCCGCGCCGCCUUUUUUGUCCUGCUACUCACCGCACUGCAUUGCUUUUGUUGUCCUGUUACUCUCUUCUCAGGCAGCUGGACGUAUAAGUAAGGCCACCCUUUCUCCAAAAGCUCCUUCUCUUUGUCCAUCAGGGCCCAGGUAACGUCACCUAAAGACGACGCCUGUAUCUCGUCCGUCGUUCAACGCGGACGACAACGUGUACAUCACGUGACCUCUCAAGGAGGCCCACGGAGCCCGCCAGCAACGGGCGCGCGCGACUACUAGGCGGACAAGACUGACGACUGCUUUCUUCGCUUCACCGAGACAGAAGGAGCACAGGGCGACCAUUCUCGACGACGACGACCACCACAAUGUCGUUCAAAAAGGAUGAGGAGCUCGGCGUCUCGUCCUUUUACCAGGACAAGACGUCGGUCAUCCAAGAGGCGAGGGUGUUCAACGAAUCGCCCAUCAGCCCGCGCAAAUGCAGGAUCCUCCUCACAAAGGUCAUCUACCUCCUCUACACCGGUGAGACAUUCAACCGGCAGGAGGCCACGACGCUCUUCUUUGGGGCCACCAAGCUCUUCCAGCACAAGGACCCCGCACUCCGACAGAUGGUCUACCUCGCUGUCAAGGAGCUCUGCCCGCUGGCCGACGACACCAUCAUGGUGACGGCCUCGAUCAUGAAGGACAUGCAGCCCAACAUGGAGGUCAUCUACCGGCCCAAUGCCAUUCGUGCCCUCAGCCGCGUCGUCGACCCGUCGAUGGUCCAGGGCCUGGAGCGCUUCUUCAAGUCGGCCAUCGUCGACCGCAACUCGUCCAUCUCCUCGGCUGCCCUUGUCUCGGCCUACCAGCUUCACGUCGCUGCCAAGGAAGUCGUCCGGCGGUGGGGCAACGAAGCCCAGGAGGCCGUGCACUCCAAGUCCUCGUCGGGCUCCUCUGGCUUCAUCGGUGGCUUUGGCGGUGCAGGCAGCUACCUCGGCUGGGGUGGCGGCGGCGGCGGUGGUGGUGGACUAGGCGGCCAGCAGGGGUCGCCGCAACAGGGCAGUGCGCUCCAGGUGAUCCCCAGCACCAGCUACAUCACCCAGUACCACGCCCUUGGCCUUCUCUACCUCAUCCGCCAGGGCGACCGCAUGGCCGUCACCAAGCUCGUCCAGCAGCUCGGCACGGGUAAGACGUCGUCGGGCUCGUCGAGCAGCAGCAGCAGCAGCAGCGGCAGCACGGUGCUGCGAAGCCCGUAUGCCGUCUGUAUGCUCGUCCGCUACGCCGCAAAGGUCGCCGACGAGGACCCGAACCUGCGGCCGCUGAUGAUGGACAUGCUCGACUCCUGGCUGCGCCACAAGGCCGACAUGGUCAACUACGAGGCCGCGCGGGCCAUGUGCGACAUGCGUGGCAUCACCCAGAACGAGCUCGUCAAGCCCGUCGCCGUGCUCCAGCUUUUUCUCUCCGCCCCACGGUCGACGCUCAAGUUUGCCGCCAUUCGCACCCUCGCCAAGCUCGCCCAGACGCACCCGGCGGCCGUGCAGACGUGCAACGUCGACAUGGAGAACCUCAUCACCGACAACAACCGCUCGAUUGCCACGUAUGCCAUCACCACCCUCCUCAAGACGGGCAACGAGGCGUCGGUGGACCGGCUGAUGAAGCAGAUCAGCGGUUUCAUGAGCGAGAUCUCCGACGAGUUCAAGGUCAUCGUCGUCGACGCCAUCCGCUCCCUCUGCCUCAAGUUCCCGUCCAAGCAGACGACGAUGCUCGGCUUCCUCUCGGGCGUCCUCCGCGACGAGGGCGGCUACGAGUUCAAGCGGGCUGUGGUAGAGGCCAUCUUUGACAUGAUCCAGUUCAUCGGCGACUGCAAGGAGGCUGCCCUCGCCCACCUCUGCGAGUUCAUCGAGGACUGCGAGUUCACCAAGCUCAGCGUGCGCAUCCUCCAUCUCCUCGGCGUCGAGGGCCCCAAGAUGGCGCAGCCGCACAAGUACAUUCGCUACAUCUACAACCGCGUCAUUCUCGAGAAUGCCAUUGUGCGCGCCGCUGCCGUCAACAGCCUCGCCAAGUUUGGCCUCGAGGACAAGGCGCUGACGGCGCGCAUCACUGUCCUCCUCGAGCGCUGCCUCGACGACGUCGACGACGAGGUGCGCGACCGUGCGGCGAUGAACCUGCGUGUGCUCCGCGAGAGCCGCCUGGCCCAGCGCCUGGCCCAGCACGAGUCCAUGUUCAAGCUCAGCGCCCUCGAGGCCAGCCUGUCGCAGUACGUUGCCCAGCCGCCAGCCAGCCAGACGAAGCGCUUCGACGCCGCCGCCGUGCCCCGGGUCACGCGCGAGGAGCAGCGCCAGGAGGAGCUGCGCGCCAAGAACGAGGCCGCGAGCAAGGUCGCCAUGGCCGCCGAGACGCCCCGUGCGGGCACCUCGACGGGUGCAGGCACGGCCGCCGGUGCUGCCGCUGCUGCUGCUGCUGCCGCCGCCGCUGGUGGGUCUGCUGCUGGUGGAGCUGCUAAUGGUGGAGGAGCAGGCGCAGGUGCCGAUGCGGCGUCCUUCUACGAGGCCCAGCUCGCCGCCGUGGCCGAGUUUGCCGACUACGGCCCGCUGCUCAAGAGCGCCAGCAAGCCCGUCGAGCUGACCGAGAGAGAGACCGAGUACGUCGUGUCGGCCGUGACGCACGUGUUCAAGGACCACCUCGUCGUCCAGUACAACGUCACCAACACGCUUCCCGACACUGUUCUUGAUGACGUUGCCGUGGUGGUGGCUGGUGCAGAGGAUGCGGGCCUGGAGGAGGACUUUAUCGUGCGCAUCCCCUCACUGAGCCAGGCCCAGCCCUCGGGUGUCGUCUACGUCUCCUUUACCCGUGUCGGGGGGCAGACGGCCUUCCAGCAGGGCACGCUCACCAACACGCUCCACUUUGUGUCCCGCGAGGUGGACCCCACCACCCAGGAGGCCGAGGAGGAGGGCUACCAGGACCAGUACGAGACCAGCGAGCUGGAGCUGGGCGUGAGCACCUACGUCGGCGAGCGGUGGGCCGACUUCAACCGCGAAUGGGAGCAGCUCAAGGGCGCCCAGGGCCACGAGGCUGUCGAGACGUUUGCCCUCACGGCCCUCGACGGCCUUAAAGCGGCCUGCGAAACACUCGUCGACCUCCUAGGCAUGCAGCCCCUCGGCGGAUCCGAACUGCCCAGCUCGACGAGUGUGCAUACGCUCACGCUCUCGGGCUAUGUCGCCACUUCACCCACCAAGCAAAAGGUUCUCGCGCGCUGCCGCAUGACCUUUUCAACAAAGGCAGAGGGCGUCACGAUGGAGCUUGCCGUGCGCGGCGAGUCAGAAGAGGCCGUCCAGCUCAUCAUGGGUGCCAUUGCGUAGAAGGAUCCUUCCCACUAAAAUCUAAUCCGACGGUGCAAUCUCAUUCUUUCUUCCUUGCUGUCU